AACGAUGCUACCCAACUGGGACGAUACAGGAGAUAUCCCAGUGGAGACACUCGCACGAUUCGAGAAGGAUGUGAAGCGGACCGACACCGGGUUCCUGGCGAUAGCAACAGAGGUGGAGAAUGACGGAGAGAAAGCCUCGGAAACUUCAGAAAAAAUCAAGGAAUUACUGAAGGAGUUCCAAGACAUUCUUCCUGACGAUCUUCCGAACGAGCUACCGCCAUACCGAACGCAUCAACACGAGAUCGUGGAGGAACCGGGUUCGAAGCCGACCUUCCGAGCACCAUACCGGCUCAGCCCUACGGAGCUGACCGACAUGAAGAAGCAGAUCGAGUAUCUCCUAGCCAAAGGACUCAUCCGACCAUCUACUUCGCCAUACGGUGCCCCAGUACUCUUCACACCGAAACCGGACGGAAGCCUGCGCAUGUGCAUCGACUACCGAGCUCUUAACAAGCAGACCAUCAAGAAUAAAUAUCCGAUACCGCGAAUCGAUGACCUGCUUGACCAGCUUCGGGGAGCUACGGUAUUUUCCAAACUGGAUCUGCGGUCCGGAUACUGGCAGAUACGGAUGGCGGACAACUCUAUCCACAAAACUGCUUUUCGAACUCGGUACGGAUCGUACGAGUAUUUGGUCAUGCCGUUCGGACUCACCAACGCGCCGGCAACGUUCCAAGCCGAAAUGAACCACAUUCUACGACCACUUCUGGACGAAUGCGUGGUGGUGUACCUGGACGACAUACUCAUCUACUCGCGCGACAUGAAGCAGCACGUCGAACACCUGCGACGCGUCUUCGAAAUUCUUCGACGAGAACGAUUCUACGUCAAACUGUCCAAGAGCGAAUUCGCCCUGGAGAAAGUCCAAUUUCUAGGACACUUGGUGAGCGCUCAAGGAGUUCACGUCGACCCCAAGAAAGUCGAAGCCGUACGUACGUGGAAGACACCCGAGAAUGUGAAGGAGUUGCAGCAGUUCCUAGGCUUCGCUAAUUACUACAACAGGUUCGUGCCACAGUAUGCGAAACUCGCGACACCACUCACGAAUCUGCUGAAGAAGAACACGCCCUACAAAUGGGAGACGAAGCACCAGGAAGCCGUGGAGCAGCUGAAACAAGCACUAACGUCCGCACCGGUGCUCAUCUUGCCAGAUCCCGAAUGUGACUACGUCAUUGAAGCAGACGCCAGUGAUCAGGCCGUGGGUGCAGUCUUGAUGCAAGACCAGGGGAAUGGACUGCAACCAAUUGCCUACCUCAGCAAGAAACUGCACGGGGCAGAACUCAACUACCCGAUACACGACAAAGAGGCUCUUGCUAUCAUCAUCGCCUUCAAAGCGUGGAGAUGCUAUCUCGAAGGACGAAGAACGACCGUCUACACCGACCACUGCAGCCUGAAAUAUUUGAAGACACAACCCAACCUUUCCAGGCGGCAGGUCCGGUGGAUCGACUUCCUCGAGACACACUUCCACUACGACAUCGUGUACAAGCCCGGCCACAAGAACAAAGCAGACGCUCUCAGCCGGCCUGCACACGUUGCCGCGAUUCAGGUCGAAGGGAUGAAUCCACUACUCAAGGGACUCUUCACCCACGGGUACGCCAUCGACCCCGAAAUUUCCUUGGCAGAAAAGCGACAUCUGCUACAGUGGGACAGUGACAUCGCGUACCGGAAAGGAUCAACAAAAAUCUGGGUACCCAAUUACCCUCCUUUGCGCCAGUUACUACUCGAAGAAUACCACGACGUCCUGUACGUCGGACACUUCGGUAGCAACAAGACGCUCACCGGUAUCGCCAAACACUACUACUGGCCCCAUAUGGCAGACGACGUCCAGAAAUUCGUCACCUCGUGUGAUACAUGUCAGCGGAUGAAGAGCAGCAAGCAGAAAAAGGCGGGACUACUGCAGCCUCUUCCUGUCCCAGAACAACCAUGGCAAGUGGUUAGCCUGGACUUCAUUACCGGGUUACCACCUACCUCCAGCGGUCAUGACGCCAUCCUUGUCGUCAUUGACAAGUUCUCCAAAAUGGGACACUUCAUCCCGACACACACGACGGCACGCACCGAGGAGACAGCACAGCUCUUCGUUCGUCACAUCAUCUCACAGCAUGGCAUCCCAACUACACUCAUCUCCGACCGAGACCCCAAGUUCACUAGCAAGUUCUGGAAGGAACUUAUGUCUCUGCUCGGCACCAAACUCGCCAUGUCAUCCGCAUACCAUCCGCAGACAGACGGACAGACCGAGCGCCUCAACCAAAUUGUUGAGCAACUCCUCCGAGCAGCUUGCAAGGACGACAUCUCCAAAUGGGACUUGCACCUGCCCGUACUCGAGUUUGCUUACAACAAUGCCACACAUGCCGCUACUGGACAGACGCCGUUCUUCCUCUGCUACGGACGCCACCCACUCACACCACAAAAACCGACAGCAUCACCUACAGUCCAACCCGCACAUGAUUUCAUUACAACCAUGCAUCAACUUUGGGAUCGGACCCAUAAGCGCCUCCUUGACAUUCAACAGCAACAGAAGCGCCAGGCCGAUCGCCAUCGCAACGACCACACCAUUUCCGUGGGAGACCAGGUGCUCCUCGACACCCGCAACCUGGACAUCAGCCAUCUCCCAUCUAAACUUCGACCUCGCUUCUGCGGGCCUUUCCUCGUUGAAGCACAGGUCACCCCUGUUACCUUCCGCUUACGCCUGCGAGCUACCUGGAAGAUUCACAACGCCUUCCACGUCCAACUUCUGAAGCCCUAUCGGGACCCGAACACAAUUUUCGUCGGACGCCAACCGCCGCCGCCACCGCCCGUCCUCGUCCAGAAUGAACCCGAGUACGAGGUCGAGUCCGUGCUCGCACACCGCCGUCGUCGGAAUGGCACCGUGGAGCUUCUUAUCCGUUGGAAGGGUUAUGAUCCUUCUGAGGAUAGCUGGGUACCUGAGUCCGACAUGGGUAACGCCCGUCGUCCUCUGCAUGACUACCUUGUCAAGCAGGGUGUUACUUCUACCACCCAGCUUUGAGGGGGGAAGUGUGAGAGUACGACCCCGUU